GAUAUCCUGCUCGAUAGAUAUUGAGUAUAUCUUCAUGCAUUGCGUGCACCUUCACUCUAGACCUCGCAAGACAGUCUUUACACUCGUCAGCACACAUGUACCCCUUGUAAGUUUCCCAAGUAAUGGUGAUAACGGAUCCAAACAAAAGAGUCAUCAGACGCAGGGUCGCUUUGCGUGGUUCUUCCCACAACAUACUCGCAUCCAAUACUCUUCCCAUGCUUCGAGAUAUCUUGGACGACUUCCGGGUAUAUUGGUCGUAUCACCUACCGGCAUAACUUUGCAUUUUCCCAUUCCAUAUCGCAACCAUGCCGCAGUGUUGCAGCCGGAUAAUCAAAUCAUGAGGCCUUGCGGUUUCGGUACUAGUUAACUGGUGUGCCUAGGCGUACUGCAACCUCAUCAUGAUAUCAAUCAUGGAUUGGUGAAAGAAAUACCUAAGUAUCUUAUCUAUUUCCGCAUUCACUUCUGUACAGCUUCCUCCGAUGAUCUCCCGGCCGAUAAUGGCUCCAAAAGUGGGCAGAUAGAUAUAUGUCUACGGUUCAAAGAUUCACAGAGUUCGAUCAAAGCAUUUCGAUCUGAGACAGACGAGAAGAUACAACACGUCGCACUCGCACUCGGGGAAGAAUAACAUACCAUUUGCGCCAUGGAACUCCAACUUCGCCGAGCUACCGUGAAUGACAUCCCGCAACUUCAUCCGCUGAUCGAUGCGUCGGUCCGAGGUCUCCAGGUCGGACACUAUACGCCAGCCCAAAUAACCGGUGCUCUGAAAUCAGUGUACGGAGUUGAUACCCAACUCAUCCAGGAUGGAAAUUACUUUGUAGUGACAUCUGGAGAUACGAUAGUGGGAAGUGGUGGAAUAUCUUAUAGGUCCACGUUGUAUGGAGGUGAUCAAUUUGCAACUCGAGAUUCAAAGCUCUUGGAUCCUGAUGUAGAUGGUGCUAGAAUUCGUGCUUUCUUUGUCCAUCCUGAUUGGUCACGAAGAGGUAUUGCUGGUAUGAUUAUUCGAGCUUGUGAGAACGCUGCGAUAGAAGCGGGCUUUAAGAAGGCUGAAAUCGGCUCAACCUUGAGUGGAGUUGCAUUCUAUGAGAAGAUGGGGUACGAGGCAUUGGGAAGAUCCGAUGCGCCUCUAGAUGAUGGAUUGGUACUGGAGAUUGUAAAGAUGGGCAAGAGUUUGGUAUGACGAGACACUCGCACGACUCGGUGCAGGCGUGAAUGGUUGUUAUGUUCCUGGACCUUGAUUUUUGCGGGGUGAUUUUGUCAUACAGAGCAGGAUUGAAGGAGAAAAUGUUUUGUGUAAUAACAUGAAUGGGCGUUUAAAAUCUACCAGAGGGGUCGAACCGUUGUGAUGAAGAUUCGGAAAUCUCGAUCCCUUUUUUGGCUGAUGAAAUAGGCGAGGAAUUAGGUUGAUCAGGAUGAUUGAUGUACGAAGUAAACUCUGAGCUCAUUCAUUAUCCAUGCUUAAAAUGUCUGCCCA